ACGAUCGCGUUCUAUUUCUUGCGCCAUGGCGGGAUGCAGCUCGGCGGAGAUUUCGCAGCUUCUGGGCCACACAGCUUUGCGGCUGCACCGGUCUCGGUCUCUGCACAGUGCGGCGGAAGUGAGUCUACCGGCCAAUGGCCAAUCGUGGUGCGAUGCGGAGCCUUUGCGCCGACGGUCACGCAGCCUGGGCGCCAGAUGCCUGGAGGGGCAGCUUGGCUCAGGAUCGCCGGACUUACAGUUGUGGAACGGCAAAGGCGUGGAAAAGCGGAGCGGCGGCAGGCGUUGCCAAGCGGGAGAACCGGAAUUCGUCGUCUACGCGCUAGCGCGAUCGCCCGGCGUGACUUGCCUGCGGUCGGCCGUGCGGGUGGCGGCCGGACCGUCCUCUGCGAAAGCCCUCUUCGCCGGCCAGUAGACCCCCGCGCCGGGCGCGCUCGGGCGUACCUUUCGGAUGGAGCUCGUGGUCUGCUCGAGCACCCAUCGCAAUGAGCAGGAUCAGCAAUCGUUCAACGACUGGGCCAUGGAGCUCCACUGCUAGGGGUGCGUCUUUCGCCUGGCCUGGGCCACCUUGGCUCGCCGGGAACGCUGGCGGGCCCAGCACCUCAAAUGGCGCCCGAAAGACUGAGACUUUCGAAGAUUCCCUGCAAAAGCGCGCUCCACGAGCUCUUCGUUUGUUCGCGGCGCCACGCCGCUCGGUCGUUACACUUGUUUCCGGAGUGCUGUAUUGUUUCUUGCUUUCCCGUUGGUCUUAAAAGUGAUUGUAUUGUGUCCUUUUGUCGGUUAAUGUCUCGCUGGUUGCCGAGUGAAGGCGGAAAUCCAACUGGAUGAGGAGUGCACACGGGAAUCCAAUGUGUUGUGUCGAUGGCGCGAAAGUGCGCUACGUUUUCUCAUCGCACAAGCGUGAGCGCUCAGCGAUUGUUAACAAGCGUACUAGAAGUGCAUGGCUGCCGCCGCUUUUUUUCUUUUUUUUUUUUUUUGCGCCGACCGCGGGCGCUGGAGGCACUGAGAUGAUGCGUCGUAUGUAGCAUACGAUGAGAACGACAGCUUUUGCGAGGCAUUGUGACUGCGUUUGGUCCCACAGUGAUCACCCAGCGCUCGCCGGUGGCGCACGAAAGCGGCCCUUAGAUUAACGCGUCGCAAAUGCCGAGCCCAUGUAAGAGUAAUAUGAGCUUCGACGGCAUUUGCAUGGCAUGGCCUAUUUUUUCAAGGACAGUUCUAGCUUAAAUAAAACCGAGUUUCAGGUCGCGAGACGCCUGCGCCUAUUUGGAUAACCGGUGGUUUGUAUCGGCGGCAGCGCAGAUUUGAGCCCAUGGCCUCCCGUAGCUGAGGUGGACGCUC